AUGACUGCCCCAGUUAAAUCCCAAGAAUCUAUCAACCAAAAGUUGGCUUUGGUUAUCAAGUCUGGUAAGUACACCUUAGGUUACAAGUCCACUGUCAAGUCUUUGAGACAAGGUAAGUCUAAGUUGAUCAUCAUUGCUGCUAACACCCCAGUCUUGAGAAAGUCUGAAUUAGAAUAUUAUGCUAUGUUGUCCAAGACCAAGGUCUACUACUUCCAAGGUGGUAACAACGAAUUGGGUACUGCUGUCGGUAAGUUAUUCAGAGUCGGUGUUGUCUCUAUUUUGGAAGCUGGUGACUCUGAUAUCUUGACCACCUUGGCUUGA